AUGACCCUUACUUUUAUUACUAUCUUUUGGUUCACUGUCCAACUUGCCCAAGCUGGCCUGCUCAAGCGAGACCCAGUCGUUAACUGGGCUUCUGUCGCCAGCUCUCGCGGUGACAAAUUGCCCGACUUUAGCUACUGCGGCUAUCGCAACUCGGACUCGGCCCUUCCGACUAUCGGUAACGGGAACAUCGUCCUUCCCCUUCCGACAAAGGCGACCGAUGAUAUUGGUCCAUCUCUUCAGCAGGCCAUCAAUCAAGCAUGGCAAAACGGUGGAGGCACUGUUCGCAUCCCAGCGGGCAAGUUCUACAUGAUAGCCGGCAUUCAGUUGUACAGCAAUGUCAUCGUCAGGGGCACCGGCGAGAAAGACACAACUAUCGUUCUCAAGAGAAAACCUACCAAGCCCGUCUUCACGCUUGGCAGGUUCGGUAUUGCCCCCAAGGCCGAUUUUGGAUACAGGUCCAGGAUCACCAACAGCUACGUGCCGGUCCGGGCUUCCACGGUUACAGUCAAGGAUGCAUCUGGAUUUGUGGUCGGACAGUCUGUUUACAUCGCUCGAGCUGUGACAGAGUCCUGGGUCAGAACUAAUGGAAUGAGUGACUUGGUCAAGAACGGCAACCACCAAGAAUGGAUAUCAGUGGGAACUCAGAUCAUGGCGCCAAACAUCAUCAAGACCAUUAGCGGCAACACGAUCACGUUCAAGAUCCCCCUAACGGACAACCUCAACUCGGUGUACAUGAAAGCCGAAGUCCGGGCUUACACACCUCCGGAGCCAACUUCAGAGAUGGGGGUUGCGAACCUUCAGAUAGAAGCUGGAGCCGACACCUGCUCGGGAACGCGCCUCGACUACACAACUUGCAACUACGCUGCGGUCAGGUUUGCGUCUUGGACGGUUGACAGUUGGGCCAGUGGAUUGAACCUAACCGGCUUCAACAAGUUCUUUGAGAUUCAGAGAGACGCUGCUAGGAUCACCAUCCAGGACACCAUCAUGAAUCGAAACAAGGACAUUGAGGGAACAUCUUUGCCUUCUGACGUUGUUCUCAGAGGCAGCCAGGUUCUCAUCCAAGACCUUACCCAAGUUGGGCUCGACACAGCCAGAUCUUAUACGGUCUCCACUGAUGCCUUCACCCCAGGACCAAAUGCUGUCACCCGCUACGAGACAGAUUCCGGUGACCAGAAGUUCGAGCCUUUUGAGCGAUGGUCCACCGGGUUGCUGGCCGAAGACUCUUCGGCGCCAACUAAGUUCGGGAAUAGAGGCACCACUGGCCGCGGCUGGGCUGUUAACGCCGGUGUCGGCUGGAACUUGCGAAGUGAUGUGACCUUUGAGUCACCUCCACUGGGGAUAAACUGGUGUGUCGGCUGCGGAAGCCCUGGUGACUCGAAUGGGAAUGCAACCUUGAUCCAGUCGGGUAAUCAGGUGAAGCCGCGCAGCCUGUUUGCAGCUCAGCUUCAAGCCCGGGGUGUGAACUGGUAUGAUAGGGGAGGUGAUUGA